UACGUACAUCAAAUCUACAUAGUUAUCAACGGUCGUAUUAACUUCAACACCGGUUCUUCGCGAGAACGCUCUGCUCUCCUCUCCUCGCGGUGAAGCUCGUCCGUGUCAACCCGUCUCUCUCAGCUACUGAUGCACUGUAGCUGAAAAAUGGUGAUCAAAAGAAGAAGGGAAUGUACAAAUCUGGUGGAUAGUUGGCUGCAUGUCACUAUAAGAUAUAUCUUGAAAUUUGGAGUGUUUAAGCCUGUAUCUUGUUUGAAAAGAGGUGCCCAAAUGCACUGGAUGUGGUUGCACAGUAAAUUUAUUUGUGAGAACUAAAUGGGUGCUGACUUCACAUUAUAUUCUUGAUGUCUGGUGGCAUUGCUUGCUGAAAAAUGUAGCAUUAGUGAGGGGAUCUGGUGUUUAAAUCAUGAAGGGGCACUGAAGAAUUGUAGGUGUUAUUGACAUGGUGUCUUGGGUUUGUGGUUAUGGUGGACAGGGAGGUGGCAGCAGCUGUGGUGUUGAUAAUUUGCAUUUAGGUGUUGGUUUGUAGAUUUUUGUAGUGUGGAAGAUGACCUUAGGCAACAGGAGCCGAAGCAGGAGCCGGAGCAGGAGCAGGAGCCCAGUGGAUCGUAAGAUUCGUACGCAGCGAUAUUCUUAUCGUGAUGCACCAUAUAGACGGGAUUCAAGACGUAGUUCCAGUCUGAACAAUUUGUGCAAAAACUGCAAAAGGCCUGGCCAUUUUGCUAGAGAAUGCCCCAAUGUAGCCAUAUGUCACAAUUGUGGUCUUCCUGGGCACAUUGCAUCAGAAUGCACCACGAAAUCGCUCUGCUGGAAUUGUCGAGAGCCCGGCCACAUGGCUGGAGAUUGCACAAAUGAAGGGAUAUGCCACACUUGUGGAAAAGCAGGACACCGUGCCCGAGACUGCACAGCUCCACAGCUCCCUCCCGGUGAUCUAAGGUUGUGCAAUAACUGCUUCAAGCAAGGCCAUGUGGCAGCCGACUGUACCAACGAAAAGGCCUGUAAAAACUGUAGGAAAACAGGCCAUCUUGUCCGCGAUUGCCAGAACGAACCUGUUUGCAAUCUGUGCAAUAUUUCUGGGCAUGUAGCUAGAGAAUGCCCAAAGGCCAAUACACUUGAAGGGAGGGUUGGGGGAGUUCGUGGAGGUGGAUCCCGGGAUAUCGUCUGCCGAACUUGCCACCAAAUAGGUCAUAUGAGCAGGGAUUGCAUUUCGAUGUUAAUAUGCCACAACUGCGGGGGAAGAGGACAUCAGGCAUAUGAAUGUCCAUCUGGGAGGUUCAUGGACCGUUUCCCCCGGAGGUACUAGAGUGUGAUUUGUGUGGCUUACACCGACCCUCUUACUUAUCUGUUACCCACAUUAUUUAAGUGAAGUAUGCAUUGGUGGUGGAUGUAAUUAACCACCUUGACUUGGUAUGAGUGUUUUUUUGACAGUUUAGAGAUCAAAUAUGCACAAUAUUACUGGGAUUGUGAUAUUUGACUUGGAUUGUUGCUUAAGGUGAAUUGAAAUCUCACUGUGGAAUGGUGGUGGUGUUGUAUGAAUCUAGCGAAAGCUUAUUUUGUUCUA